AAAGAUGCAAAAUUGUAGGUCUAAGAAGAUUAUUAAUACCCCAUCGCCACCAAGGUUAGAAAGUCGGGUUAUUUUGCUGGAUAGAGGAGGGAGAUGGCAUCGAUCCCUCUGUACCCGAGAUUUCCGGGUUCAAUUUCCGGCAAAGGAUUCCGCCCCGCGCACAUUAUCACCGUCGCUUCUGCCCUGCACCUCGGUCAUCUCGUCCGUCUCCGUUGCUCAAGCCAUUUCCAUCUUCUCCUUCGCUGCCCUCUCUCCCAGGACUAUUGUCAUUUAUCCGAGCUUCACAAAAUUACGGACAGUUGGUGUUGGCGACAUUAUUCUCUUUUCAAAGCAUUGUAUGAUACAUUUUCAUCAUCGUGCUCAUCUUGUUUUUCAGUCUUUAGUGGGAGUGAAUCUGGAAACAGAAAUGUUGAUAAACAGAAGUUUCAGCUUAAGGCUUCCACUGGAAGUCCUUUCAACAAAAGGCCAUGGACUAAUAUUCUUCUUGUUCUCAACAUUUUGGUUUAUAUUGGUCAGAUUGCCACGCAAGGGAAAUUGUUGUUGUGGGGGGCAAAGGUCAAUACCUUAAUUGAUAAAGGGCAAUUGUGGAGAUUGGUUACAUCGUCAUUUCUGCAUGCCAACAUUGGACACCUAAUGGUUAAUUGCUACUCUUUGAACUCGAUUGGUCCUACAGUUGAGCAGCUUAGUGGGCCUAGACGGUUUCUUGCUGUUUACCUCACGUCAGCAAUAGCAAGUUCAUUGAUGAGUUAUCUCUUAUGCCAAUCGCCUGCUGUUGGAGCAUCUGGUGCCAUAUUUGGAUUAGUGGGCUCCUUUUCCGUGUUUAUUUUGAGGCAUAGAAGCUUCUUUGGUGGAGGGAAAGACGAAUUACAACAAAUUGUACAUAUCAUCGCUCUAAAUAUGGUUAUAGGUCUUCUCUCCAGAGGCAUUGACAACUGGGGCCAUUUGGGCGGUUUGCUGGGCGGUGCUGCCGUCUCAUGGUUCGUUGGCCCAGCAUGGAGACGCGAGUCACAUUUGAAUGAUGGUAGAUUGAUCUAUUCUGACAGAGCUCCUAUAACACGUCUUAUUGGUGGAAGAAAGAUGCGGUGACAUUAAUGAAUAUUUAUGUUCGAGUAAGCCUUUGUUUGGGACAGCUUCGUGAUGCUUUCUAAAAUGAUUUUCUAGUAUAAAUCUUUCUAAUUCAAGAAAAUUUUAGACUAAAAGAUGUUUUAGAAAACAAGAAAAAAACUGUCCCAAAUGAAGCAUAAGUGUUGUACAUAAAACCAUUUUCUGAGUACUAAUAGAGAAAGAAAUGUGUGUGUAAGAGGGCAAAUUAUUAGGUCUGGUCAGCAGACCUAAAUUUUUGUCUAGAUUUCAUGCACUUUUAAUGUGCUUUUGAUGUAUUUUUGAAAAAGGACAGCUAAUAAAUAAUUUUAAUUGCAUUUUAGAUGCUUUUUUGUUGAUUGUUUGCAAAAAUAUAGCAAAAGCACAGUAAAAGCACAACAAAUAUCUUACUCAUUGAGUAUUUGUUGCCUUUUUGUUGUGCUUUUGAUGCGCUUUUCAAAUACUCGGUAAAAGUGCAGCAAAAGAGCAGUUAAUAUGCAGUUAAAAUUGUGUAUUAGUUGCUCUUUUUUAAAAAUACAUCUAAAGCACACUAAAAGAUCAGGAAUCCGGAGGAAAAUUUAGGUCCGGUGAUUGGACCUAAUAAUUUGCCGUGUGAGAGAGAGUACAAUGGAGACAUUAUUCAUUAUCUUUCCACGAUUUUCUUUUUGUUUCAACCGUCUAAUAACAUCUUUCUUUCCUGCA